ACAGAGUUGUGAAAUAAUAUAUUUGACUGUUUUUGCAUAUUUUAAAGUAAUACUCAAAAAUAAAUACAGCUUAAUUAAAAAUAUACUGUUAAACACAACGCGCGACAAAUAUUCGUGAGUUAAAUUUGAACUAGGUUCGAAAUCAUGUCAUUGUUUGGAUCACCAGCCACGACUUCCGCAGGAACCUUCGGCACUGCUACGCCUUCUACAGGCUUUGCAUUUGGCGGAACGGGUGAUAAUAAAUCAGUAUUUGGAUCAGCAACCACAGGCUUUUCUUUUGGUAGUGGUGAUACGGCAAAGCCCACUUUUGGAGCAGCAGCAACUACUGGUAACACCACCAUGUUCUUCAACAGUCCGACCAGCAAUGCACCAGCAUUUGGGGCCAGCUCUUCAUUUUCAUUUGGAUCAGCAGCUAAAACUACUGCUCCCACUUCAUCAUUAUUUGGUUCUCCAAGUACAACAACCGCAGCACCGGCCUUCGGAGCGAGCAAGCCUCUCGGAGGCUUUGGUGGGUUCUCAUCCCCGCCCAACCAAACAGUUGGGAGCCCCGGCUUUGGCCAACCCGCACAGACUGGAGCACAGAGUUCACCGUUCGGCGGUGCCACGCAGCCACCCGUUUUAGGACAAGCUGCGCAGCCCCAAGGGUUAACGUUCGGCUCGCCUGCGAAUGCGAACAAGCCUGCUAGUGCGUUCGCGUUCGCUACGCCAACAUCAGGCUUCUCCGCGCCGCAGCCCGCCGCUACAACCGCGCAGGCUCCAAGUUUCGGCGCCGCGACGCCGGCGGGAGGCUUCGGCAGUUUCGGUACCACUACUGCAGCGCCACAGGCAGCGGCGCCAACUGCCACUGGGUUCGGCUUCGGCCAGACCUCGACUCCGGCGCAGGGUCUCAACCUGACCCAGCCCGCAUCGGGGGCGGCCACGGGGUUGAGCUUCGGGUCCACCUUCGGGAAACCCGCUGCGACACAACCUGGAACGGGUUUAGGUUUCUCUGCGCCACAAGCCACCCAAGCUUCGAGUCUCGGUUUCGGUGCAACUCCAGCGACAACUCAAGCAACGGGACUCAGUUUCGGAGCAGCACCGUCAACUCAAGGAACUGGACUGAAUUUUGGAGCCGCACCAGCAUCUACCCAAGCAACUGGGCUUAGUUUUGGAACAACACCCGCGUCGACAGGCACUGGACUCAGUUUUGGAACUACUACGGCCGCUACUCAAGGAACUGGGCUCGGUUUUGGAACAACUCCAGCGUCAACACAAGGAACUGGUCUUAGUUUUGGUGCAACUCCAGCUUCCACACCAGCAACUGGGCUUAGUUUUGGGGCGCCGGCUUCCACCGGCACCGGGCUUAGUUUCGGAACAACGCCGGCCUCGAUUGGAACUGGGCUUAAUUUUGGAGCUGCCUCUACAGCUCAAACGACGGCUAGCCUCGGUUUUGGAGCGACUCCUACGGCCGCGACGACGGCCGGGCUCAGUUUUGGGACGACGUCGACCGCGGCCACUUCAGCAGCAACUGGGCUCAGUUUUGGGACUGCGACUAGUAGUGCACUUGGUUUUGGGAAAACUCCUGCUAGUACUGCUGCGACUACUGCCGCUUCAAGCUUCCAGCUCGGCAAACCGGCCACAACCAGCGCUGGAUUCAGUCUCACCUCGACAGCCAGUACACAACCUUCAUCCGCCGCAUCCACGACAGCACCCUCCGGCAUAACAGCGCUAGGAAAAACCACCGCCGCCACGACCAUGCCGUCUAUACUCCCUGUAACGACCACAGCAGCCGCGCCGCCUCAGCCAAUCACCUCGAUCACGUUCGCGCAGCUCGAAGAGAACAUCAACAAGUGGACGCUAGAACUGGAGGAACAGGAGAAGACAUUCAUCAACCAGGCCACGCAGAUCAACGCGUGGGACCGGCUACUUAUUGCUAAUGGAGAAAAGAUAGUUGAAGUAAACGACACAGUGCAAGCCGUGAAGAACGAGCAGCAGAGUCUCGAGUUGGAGCUCGACUUCGUGUUGGCCCAACAGAAGGAGCUCGAGGACUUGCUCGCGCCGCUCGAGAAACAGCUGCUCGAGUCCGGGGACAGGGCGCGAGAUCCCGAGAGGGAGCAGAUGUACAACUUAGCUGAAAACCUAGACUCGCAGCUGAAGACAAUGUCGCAAGACUUGAAAGAAGUUAUUGAACACCUCAACGAGACCAAUAGAAGCCAAGACAGUAAUGAUCCAAUCGGUCAAAUAGGGCGCAUUCUCAACGCACACAUGUCGUCAAUGCAAUGGAUAGACAACUCCAUCGCACAGAUAUCGACCAAACUAGACCAGCUGAAAGCGACCCACGACACACUGAGGCGGGACAACGAAAGAUCGUUUCAUCUUGCUUAUAACUAAAUUAAUGAUUUGUUGUUAGGCUUUCUAUUAAUAAAAACUUAAGUAUUGAGAAAACAAGAUAAACGAGUGUGUUUUAAAUGUAGUAUGGAGCG